AUGUUAGUCACAGUUGAUGCAUGCUUGCGUCAGAGUAGUAUAAAUCUGGUGAGGCAAUAUAUGAAAAAUGAAGAAAUAAGAUGCAACGGCAAUAAGUAUAGUACAGAAGACAUAUUUGAAACAGUUAUUAAAGCAAUUCGUAAUGCUAUUCAACGCCGUGUUGGUGCAUCACAGAAUUGUAAUGGCGUGCUCACUUUUGAGGAUAUUUUUAGAGAUGGAAAGGGCUCGAUUUCUAUUCAGGACCCACCCACACAGGCUCAGGAAAAUAUAAUUUUGAGCUUAAUUAAGGUUAUUUUUCACUCGACUUCUACAGACCCACAAUUCUUUUUAAAAAUAUCCACACAUGACAACAUGAUUCUUAGUCUAUUUGUAAAGGUUGUAUAUCUUAACAAACAUGAUGAGCUAGACGACUUAAAGUUAGAUAACGUGGGAUUACAUGAGAUAAACCAUAUGGUAAACCAAAUAUUAACCAAUCAAGUAUUGAAACACACUCAACCAAUAGAUAAAGUGAACGAUAAUGAUAGAUUCGAAAUUUAUUUCUAUAUUUUAGCGGCUGAGAAUCAUAAUGAGCAAGAAAAAUUGCUCACAACGGAAUUCGAUAAAUUUAGUAUCGUAGAUUCCUAUUCUAACGAUGACGAAUCAACCUAUAAUGAAUUUUCCUUAGAUCAAAAUUCUUCUUAUGAAAAAAAUGCUCGACAAACUCAAUCCAUCGCGCAUAAAGUUAUUCUACCUUGCCCAGAACUAGAAGGUGUUUGGGAGAAUUUAUAUUAUAACAAAGAUAUCAAAAUAAAGUUAUUGAAUUACUCUACUGCAUCACUCAGAUUAGCCUGGUAUCUUGAGACCACCUCAUCAAGUACUGAUGUUGUUAAUGAGAUGAUAAGUGCCAACAAUAAAAUGAUACUACUUCAUGGUCCUCCGGGUACGGGAAAAACUACCCUGUGUAAGGCGUUAUGUAACAAACUUGCUAUUCGAAUGGCUAAAACAAAGAACUGUGUUGUUAUAGACCAAGGAUCAUUACUGUACGAGUUAUCUUGUAGUCGUGUGUUUUCACGUUGGUUUGGGGAGUCCUCUAAAAAUAUAACGCAGCUUUUCCGAGACAUCGAGGCUGAUAUAAUAACGGCUAACAAACAUAAUAAUUUUGUGUUUCUUUUAAUUGAUGAAGUAGAAACAAUCGCAACUUCAAGGAUCAAUUUAUCCAAUAAAAACGAAGCUUCUGAUUCUGUAAGGGUAGUUAACAGUUUAUUGACACAUCUGGAUAAACUUAAACGCUACCCCAAUUUUUUAGUCUUGGCCACUUCCAACUUACUCGAGACUCUUGACACUGCCUUUGUAGACAGGGCUGAUGGAGUUUUUUUCAUAGGAAAUCCAACAUCAAAGGAGCUAAAAUAUAUGAUAAAUUCCUCAAUUGAUAAGUUAAUAAAAACAGGAGUUAUAGUGGAUCAAGAUUCCUACAAUUUGAGAAAAUACGAUGAUGUUUUACAAUUAUUGGCAACUUUUUGUGAAGUAUGUAUAAAGAAGACAACACAUCCCACCUACCUGAGCAAUUAUUGUUGUUCAUAUAUCUGA